GGGGGUAAAGUACAGCCUAUAUAUAACGGCAUCAACGAAACGCACCGCUUUUAACCUCACAGGGGCGGUGAUCCUUUUUGCGAGCCAGCUAUGGGAUGGGUUUGGAGGGAGGACGACGACGAUCAGCAGCCUGCAUCAUCUCGUGAAAAUCGCGAAGUCGGGAGCUCUGACGCUCACUCCUGGGGACCAUGCUCUACCCGGAAGGUCAUGAAAUCGCGGUGCAGAACGGAGGAGGUUGAGCCUGGCAAGUUUCUCAGGAAAUGCGAGAAAUCCCAAGAGAUUUUCAGGGAUUGUAUCGGAAAGCCUGUUGAAGUGGUGGAAUCCAACAAAGAGUAUACUGAAGAUGACGUUACAGAGGAGGUUCUUCAAAGAAGGCCCUCAAAGCUUGGUUCACCAGAUGCUGGAGUGUUUGACUUCCCUGGGCUACGAGGUGAUUUGGAAGCCAUGGAAAAGAACGUCAUCGAUGGUCUGUCUCGAUUCUUUGAUGCAGCUGAAGAAAUGAAGAAUGGCUUCGUUGACGUUCUUGCAAAAGCUCAGCGCAUAUUUGAUGAGCCCUCGGGAAAGCAAGAGCGAGAAGCCUCCGCGAAGCCAAAUGAGGAUCAAAAUGGAGCCAUCGAUGCUGACUUAUCAGCAUUGGCUAAGGAUGUUUAAAUUGAGCUGCUUAAUGAUCAUUGUAUCUUGAACUAUUAUUAACCACUGAAUGGAUAUUCGGAUAUCAACAAAGUAAGUCAUCAUGAAUACUACGAAUCUUGACGAUGACUUUUAAGAUCA